UUAAAAUGCUCUGUGUCGACAUAUGAACCAUGUACAUACAGAGUGAAGUGGAUGUAUCAGGGUCAAGAUCUGGAUAAAGAUAAUGAAGACAGGGACACAUCACAGCCUAAGUGCUCAGUUACUGUGACAUUUCCUACUUCUGAUCUUAACCUGAAGUCAGAGCAUCUUAAUUGUGAAGUGACUGAUCUUUUUGUUCAACCAGAGCAGCAGUUUACUUUCAGCCUUCAGUCACCAAAGAAACCAGAGGAUGCAACAACAGCAACAACAGCAACAACAACAUUAAGGAUAACUGGGAACAUCAACCAAACAAGCACCAACUCAAUAGGUUGGUGGUUGUACAUCAUUGUGCCUGUAGGUUUAAUUGCACUCGUAGUAAUCAUCAUGACGGCCAUCAGAUGUAAGAGAACUAAAGGCAAAAAAACAAAGAUGGAUGAAAACACUGGGCAGAGAUUAAAACCUGUGGCGACUGAGUCUGCUCCAGAAACCAGUCAGGACAUGGCUGAUCCUGAAGAUGGUGUUUCCUACGCCUCCGUCAGUUACACCAAGAAGAGUAAAGGCCGGGUACAGGUUAAAAAUGAUGAUGAUGGUGAAGAUACAGUGAUGUACAGCACUGUGAAAGCUUCCUCUUCUUCUGCUGGAGUCUCUGAUGAUCCCAGCAACCUCUACGCUGCCAUCAACUAACCAAACAAAUAAGAUACCACAGUACCUGGGAAACUAUUGCCAGCUUUGGCAAUAUUGAAUAUUGGAAUCUUCACCAAUCAGAUGAACAGAUCUCUAAAACUUUACAAAUCCCUAAAAUCCUCAAUGAUCAGAAAUCUAGAAAAAAAGAAUUCCAGGAACAAGAAUGUAAACAAACAAUGGAGUCCGAGGCAGUGUGUGUUAUACUGGUUGUCUUGUGUUUCAAAAAAGCCUAAAUGAGGGGAAAAAAAUACUUGUAGCCUUUCAUCUGUUUCACAGUUCCACCUUGCCACACCGAUAUCCUUCCUCUUUCACUUCACCAUGUUAACAGUUGAAGAGCGCUCUUUGCUCCUAUUGGUCCACAUCUCUGUACACAUGGUAAAAUAACUUUCUGCCAGAUGCGGCAUUGAUCCUAUAAUCGGGCUGAUAUCAUGUAGCCCAGCAAAGACCAUUGUUUGGGUAAAAAUAACUGUUCCGUUACAGAAGAACUAAAACUCCCAAACCUUAUUAAAUUAAUAUGAAUAUUUAUUAUUUGUAUGAUGAUUCCAGGGUGUAUUGUUGGAAAAAGCUUUUUGUCCAGAAGGGGGCAGCGAGUGAUAGGGCAAGUAGUAUGCAAAUAGUAAAAGUAAUAUCAUGUAUAUGUCUGCUCUGUUUGCUGUGCCUAUUCAAAACAUAAAAUGUGAAUGUACAGUUAUCAGGUUAUGUUUUGAAUGCUACUGUAUCUAUAUAUUUUUUCAAUGUUCCGUGUAUCCGUUGUAAGUUUUGGAACAUUUAUAUCUGUGUUCAGUUUUUUUUUUCUAUGUCCUGUCAAGUUAAUAAAAUAAAUAACAUCA